GGACGGGGCCCCUACAGCCAGAUGCAUCCGACCACACCCCCGUGUCAACACCAACUCAGUCCUCCUCCAGGCCCCAUCUAUGCCUUGACGCCGCACCUCGGGAUUCCGGGCCCUGACCCUUCGACUCGCCGGUGCAAUAAAGCCCCCUCGACCGCUGUUCGUUCCUGCCCUCGUUGCCAUUGUAGCUCUCAGGCUCCCAUCUUGCGCCUCGUAUACUUGCAGUUGUCCGGCCUAGCAGUCCCCAGUUCUCGGGCUCAUACCGCCCGGUCGCUGUCCUUUCCCUCGUACGAGUCAUGCCUUCCUCCGAGUCCUCGCUCAUGCCGGCUUUUGCUGCCAGCUUCUCGCGCCCCCUCUCCGCUGGCGCUGAGGCACUUAGAGGAACUCUCGGUGGUUGGACCUGGGCCCCGGCCCUCGCCGUGGCCAAGCCGGCUGUCCUUGCCCUCCUCUCCCGCGUCGACACUGGGACCCUACUCCUCGUUGAUGAGCCCGGAGGGACGCGGCAUGUAUUUGGCCAGAGGCUGUCCGGUGAGCCUGGCGAGGUCGAGCCAUACACUGGCCUGCCGCGCCGGGCCACCUCCGUCCCCCGCGUUGAGAUCGUUGUCAAGAAUGAUGCCUUUUGGAUGAGGCUCUUUCUCUUCGCCGACAUGGGCUUCGCCGAGGCGUACAUGCUUGGCGACUUCCAGUGCGAAGACCUUACCUCGUUCUUCCGUGUAUGAUCCAUUGCUCGCUCUCACUCCCACUAUUGCGUCCAGCUGAUGACUUAUACUCUCAAGCUCUUCAUCGUCAAUCGGGACCGCAUGGAUAAUGGGACAACAUGGAUCUCAAGCCUCUCCUCGAUUGUGUCCACAAUGGCCCGCUCCACUAACACGCUCUCGAAUGCCCUCCUCAACAUAUCUGCUCAUUACGACAUAAGCAACGACAUGUUCGCCGCUUUCCUGUCUCCGGACAUGACAUACUCAUGUCCCAUUUGGCAGCGCGUCUCGUCAGGGCCAGAGCCUCGGGAGGAGUCGCUGGAGGAGGCGCAAAUCCGAAAGUUGAACCGCUUCAUCGAUGGCGCCAGACUCAAGCCCACAGACCACGUCUUGGAAAUAGGAACUGGCUGGGGCUCGUUUGCCAUUGAGGCGGUCAGACGAACUGGAUGCCGCGUAACGAGUUUGACGCUUUCCAAGGAACAAAAAGCCCUCGCUGAACAACGGAUCGCGGCGGCUAGCUUCAGUGACAGGAUCGAAGUCAAGCUUAUAGAUUACCGAGAGCUCCCGACGUCGCCCCGGCCGUACGACAAGAUCGUUUCCAUCGAGAUGCUUGAAGCCGUCGGCCAAGAGUACCUGGCCACGUACUUCAAAUGUGUGGACCGCCUGCUCAAGCAGGACGGCGGUAUCGCAAUGUUCCAGUGCAUUACAAUGCCUGAAGGCCGUCACGAGGCGUAUUCCAAGUCCGAAGACUUCAUCAACCAUUACAUAUUCCCCGGUGGUUAUCUUCCAUCCACCACACAACUACUCCAUCAUAUCAGCCAGCAAUCCUCCGGCACUCUCAUCGUCGAGAACGUCGAGAACAUCGGCGGGCACUAUGCCAGAACACUGAGGCUUUGGAAUGAAAACUUUCAAGAGAACUUCAACGACAGGAUCAAGCCAGCGUUACUCAAGGAGCAUCCGAAUUUGACAAAAGCUGGGGUCGAGGUCUUCCGCAGGAAGUGGGAGUACUAUUUCACCUAUUGCGAGGCUGGCUUCGUAACCAAGACUUUAGGGGAUGUCAUCAUAACGGUUGGCCGUGAAGGAGCUCUCGAGUUGAUGGAAGGCAUCCCGCUAUAGUGUUGUGGGUCAAAAUGCGGCUUCGUGCGCCGUCAUGCCGAAUCGGAGACUCCACAAGCUUGGGCUGGUCGUCAUUAUGGUCAUGUAUUGCGACUCUUCGACUUCUUCGGCUUUCUGCUAGAAGCCUUGUGGUUAUUCGGUGCUGGCUUUGGCGCAUAACGAUUGGCGUGGUCAACGUCGAAUCCUGGCUUGUGCUUCCUGAACAGCAACAUGGUAACCCUGGCAUCCUCGAUGCUUGAAUGUGGCCCUUCUUGGAUCUCGACUGCUAAGAUCUCUCGGGCAAGUGUUCUGAGGGCUGGCUUGCGGCCGUGCCCGUACCUUUUGAACCCAUGGUAUCUGGCUGUGUCCCGGAUAUCCCUUGGUGGAUGACUCAACUUCAAGGCUUCCAGGUCGUGCUUGAUAUCAUGGCCUACCAGGAUGCGGUCCUUGACAAUGCUAAAAACAGCACGCUGAACCUCAUCGAAGCUUCUGGC